AUCUUUCUCUGCGUCCUGAAUCCUCAAAAGUUUCAUCUCUUCUCAGCCUCCGAGUCAAUCAUGAAUGCUUUGUGGCCUCUAUUCGACAAUGGCGAGCAGGCUGUGUCCAACGUAAAAGAUGAUAGCGAACUAGGAGAGAGCGAUGGCUUACCAGUACCCAACCACACAUCUUCCUACUGGCGGUCUGAACUGCAUCCAAUCGACUCUUACUGCUCAUCCGAGCAACUGCCUUCAAAAUGCGAUAUUGCGAUCAUUGGCGCUGGUAUGACCGGUGUCAGCACUGCCUACCACCUUUCCCGUCUCCAUAGCGCAGACGAAUAUGGACGAAAACCAUCGAUUGUCAUCCUUGAUGCUCGUGAAGUCUGUUCAGGAGCCACGGGACGCAACGGCGGGCACUCCAAGGUGCAAGCAUUCACCAUGCGAAAGGUGAUCAGCAAUGCUGGUGUAGAUACUGCCAACGAACUUGCGGCGUUUGUGUCUGCGCAGAAGUACCACAUGAAAGAUGCCGUCGACCGGGAAGAUCUGGAUUGUGAAUUCGAGAUGCGACGCAGCUACGAUGUGUAUGUCAAAGAGGAAGAGGCAAGGGAAGCGGAACAGUUAUAUCGCACCGCAGUAAAGGAGGGUCAUGCGUGGGUUAGGGACCUCGACUUUGUGGGACCCAGGUUUGCUGAGCAGGUCACAUCGAUUCAAGGUGCAAAGGCAGCUAUCAGCAUGCCCGCUUGUAGUCUCUGGCCCUAUAAAUUCGUGUCCCAGCUGCUCUCUCGUCUGGUCGACGCUGGAACAGUGAAGCUGUACACGCACAUGCCUGUUACUUCCAUUGAUUCGUCCGACGCUUCAUCCACUACGCUUCACACUCCCCAUGGUAGUCUGGGAACGAAGAAACUUAUCUUCGCCACUAAUGCCUACACUCCAGCCAUUUGCCCAUCAUACAAGGAUCAAAUCACGCCGUACAAAGGAACAGCCUGCCACAUUGCGCCCGCGAAACCAAUCUCGCCACAUCUCAGUCAUACCUACAAUCUCUACCACGACCACCCAUCACACCAGCCUGCAAGGGUCGACUACCUAAAUCCACGACCAGAUAGCGGCAUAGUCGUCGGUGGCGCGAACUUCCUCUUCAACGCCGACAAAGCUUCCUGGUACAACAACACCGAUGACAGUACACUUCUCCCCAACGUGCGUCCAUACUUCUUGAACUACAUGCAGUCCAACUUCAAAGGCUGGGAGAACAGCAAAGCCAAGAUUACACACCUUUGGACAGGUAUUCAAGGAGAAACAAAAGACGGCUUUCCAUUUGUGGGCAAGGUUCCGGGCAAGGAGGACUGGUAUAUCGCUGCUGGGUUUAAUGGUGGUGGGAUGACUUUUAUCUUUUCUUGCACUGAAGGGCUGGCGAAAAUGGUAGAGGGCAAGACGUACAAGGAAACUGGACUGCCCAAGAUGUUUGAUGCGGAGAGGAUGUAGAAGUGAGCUACGGAUGUGCUGCAUACUAUAGACGAGGUGCGGAAGUGAGCUUUCCUUGAGCAUAUGCAAAUGCUUCGAACGGUCUCAAUCUGACUGAUCCCUCAUACGCUUCUGCGUUAUCGUAAUUCGAAAUCAACAACUCCUUCAGAACAAAUCCUGCCGGCAAAGUCCACUUGACCUCAUGCUGUCGGAAAUUACAUACCAC